AAUGGAGGGGGAAGAAAAAAUAUGAGCACCCUUUUGCUGUAAUCCCCAAUUAACUUUGCUCGCCGGCUCUUUCUCUGGUUAAAACCCCAGCGGUCUUAUCCUUCUUCUUCAACUUUCUCAGAAAUGGUACUACUCUCCCAAUUUCAUGCGCUAUAACACCAACGUCUUAGCCUUCAUCACCGCCCUAUUAUGUAUACUACUGCUACUACUACUCCAUUCUUCACUUCCCCUACUCCUCAAAAUCCAUUCUUCUAUCGCCCUAAUAACCGAAUCCGCUUGAAAAAAUUUCCUAUUAAAUCUUCCUGUGAAGGAGAUAAACCCAAAAAUUCUCUUCCACUUCCUAUAACUUCAGCUCCAGCUAGACUUCUUCUAGAGUGUUCUAUCACCAAAAAAGACACAAUUAUACCAGAUAGGUAUAAUGAUGACCAAAAUCCUCUGAAACCCAUUGUAAAGCCUUUAGUCUACACAUUAUUCUCUAUUGCUUUUGCAUUCUGCCCCAUUCUAGGAUUUCAAUUGCCUCCUGCUAUCGCUGCUCCGCCCGCCGCAGCUGAGCUGAUUAACAAAACAAAAAAGAAAGGUAGUAGUAAAGGGGAAGAGAAGGAUGGCACUAGACAUGUAUAUUCACAUUGUACUAAGAGAUUGUUAGAGACGGUCUCGGGUUUGCUUAAAGUGAUAGAGAAGGUGAAGUCCGGUAAAGAGGAUGUAAAAUGUGUGGAGGGAAAGCUAAAAGAUGUGAAGAUGAAGAGGAAGGAGUUGCAAGAGGAGAUCAUGAACGGUCUCUAUGUGGAACUGAGAUUAUUAAAUGGAGAAAAAGGCGUGUUGGUCAAGCGUUCAGAGGAGAUUAUUGAUGUAGUGCUGAAGAUUAAGAGGGAGGAGGAAAGUUUAUUGAAGAAGGCUAAGGGCAAUGAAGAUGCAGUAGUAAAGGGAAAAGCUGCGAUAUUGGAUGAGGACGUGAGACAGAGUGAGGAGGAAUAUAAUGGAUUGUGGGAAAGGAUUGCUGAGAUAGAUGAUGAGAUUAUGAGGAGAGAAACACUUGCAUUGAGCAUUGCUGCGAGGGAGCUUGCAUCUAUUGAGAGGGAGUGUGAAAUCUUGGUCAAGGAGUUUCUAAGGAAAAUGAGGCUGGAAAGUAUCACGAGUGUGCCUAAAAACUCUCUCACCAAGCUUUCUAGAUCUGAGAUAAAAGAAGAGCUGCAAACUGCCCAAAGACAAUUAUUAGAGCAGAUAACUCUACCCAGUGUUUUGGAAAAUGAAGAGAAUGUACUCCUUUUUGAUCAAGACUCUAUGGUAUUUGCUCAGCGAAUAGAACAAACACUUAAGAACUCCAGAGAGAUGCAACAGAGUCUCGACAGUCGUAUUAAGAAAAAAUUGAACAGAUAUGGUGAUGAAAAACGUUUUGUUGUAAACACGCCAGUGGAUGAAGUUGUUAAGGGUUUCCCUGAGAUUGAAUUAAAGUGGAUGUUUGGAAACAGGGAGGUCGUAGUUCCAAAGGCCGUUAGCCUCCAUUUGCAUCAUGGUUGGAAGAAAUGGCGUGAGGAUGUUAAAGUAGAGCUCAAGAGGGAUUUGCUGGAGAAUGUUGAGCAUGGUAAAAAGUACAUGGCUGAAAAACAGGAAAGGAUCCUCCUGGAUCGGGAUAGAGUGGUGGCAAAAUCAUGGUACAAUGAAGAAAGAAAUAGGUGGGAGAUGGAUCCUGUGGCUGUUCCCUAUGCUGUGUCCAAGAAGCUUCUUGAGAGUGCUAGAAUCAGACAUGACUGGGCUGCCAUGUAUGUUAUGUUGAAGGGAGAUGACAAAGAGUAUUAUGUUGAUAUCAAGGAAUAUGAUAUGAUUUAUGAAGAUUUUGGAGGUUUUGAUGCCUUGUACCUGAGAAUGCUUGCUUCAGGUAUCCCAACUGUGGUUCAGCUGAUGUGGAUUCCUUUCUCAGAACUGGACUUCCGCCAACAAUUUCUCUUGGUCACAAGACUCUGUCUUCAAUGUCUAAAUGGAUUGUGGACUCUGAGAAUUGUUUCUCGCGGAAGAGACUGGAUUGUGGAGAAAGUUAGAAACAUAAAUGAUGACAUCAUGAUGAUGAUUGUUUUCCCUACUGUGGAAUUUGUCAUCCCUUAUCGGGUGAGGAUGCGGCUGGGUAUGGCUUGGCCAGAGUAUGUCGAUCAAUCUGUUGCCUCAACUUGGUACUUGAAAUGGCAAUCUGAGGCUGAAAUGAGUUUCAGAUCAAGAAAAACAGAUGAAUUGCAGUGGUAUCUCUGGUUCUUGAUUAGAACUGCAAUAUAUGGCUAUGUAUUGUAUUGGGUGAUACGCUUUAUGAAGAGGAAAAUUCCGCAGCUUCUUGGUUAUGGACCUUUAAGGAGAAACCCCAACUUACGGAAGCUGCAGAGAGUGGUAUAAUUACCUCCUCUACUCAUUUAUAUAUCUAGUGUCUA